UCUAGUUUAUGAUUCAACAUUGCUCUGAAUCUUGUGGUAGUGUCAUAGGCAAAGUGAAAGUGAACCUUUUUUCUUUCUUUCUUUUAAUUUCUUGAAGACAUUUGCAAGGAAACUAACAACGCUUUAUUCCUGCAUAAAAUGAACAGCAAAAGAGUGUGAAAUGUGAUUUGAUGCAUAAUUUUGCUGUUCUCAUGAUGGAAUAAAGAUGAGUAGCUCAAAGGAAUGUGGCAAGCAAGAGAAGCCAGUAUUGUCUUUUUCUAUUGAGGAGAUCUUAAAAAAGACCUCCACUGAGGUUCGCCUACACAACACCAUGAUCUGCAGGAACGCCACCGAAGCUGCUCAGAUCCUGAAAUCAGAGCCACUUGUGGAUAUAUGUAAGGAUGAUAGAAAAGGGAAGCGUAGGAUCAGGACCACAUUUACAGCAGAUCAACUCCAGGAACUAGAGCGAAUCUUCCAAAUGACACACUAUCCAGAUGUCAACAUCCGCAAUCAACUGGCAGCAAAGAUCAAUCUUCCAGAAACAAGGGUCCAAAUCUGGUUCCAAAACCAAAGGGCAAAGUGGAGGAAGCAUGAAAGGUUUGGCAAUUUUGGUGGGCUGCAGCAUCUAACUGAAGUUAAUUACAUUCCUGCUCCAAACCCUGAUACAACAGGUCCUUGUCUGAUGUCCAGCAAUAUUUUUGGAAUGGGUGUCCACACAUGGCAUUAUUCACCUGAGCAAAGAUAUUCAAUAACUCCCUGCCUACCGAAUAUACUGCCAUGUGGCCCUCUGAACAUGGACCCUAUGGCGUUCUCAAAAACUUAUCUCUUCCUGGAUUGCCUCCCUCCUUAUAGUCUCCCUUCUCCGCCACUGAAGACACGGAGACACAUCAAUGCCAAUUUUACAUAGAAGAUGACUCUGCAGAGCUCAGAGGAGCAAGACUAUGAUUCUCUGAAGAGCAUGUUUGUCUCCAUCAAGCCGAUACAACACAAAGCGUAUCUGAUUUAUAUAGGUGAUAUCAGCUGGAUUCUGAUCACCCCUCUUCUUUUAAAUGCCCAUGAAGGUGCUCAAUGAACCUUGUUAGGUUUUCAUGAGUUGUUCAGUAUCU